CUACGAUGCAUAUUAGUUUAAAAAAAUAAACGUCUUCACCCCAGUCUAGCAAAAUGGCGGAUAAACCGUCAAGUGCAGACUCGUUCGCACAGAACCAGGACUAUGUUAUUAUUCACGAAGUCUACGAACACGAGAACGCACAAGAGUUGUUCGAAAACGAGCUGGACAUUGCUCUUGAUGCUGGAAUAAAAACGAUAAUCAUCGAACCUUCCAAGCUCGGAGACGAGACAUCGGGGUGGAUCACCAUAGGAAACUGUUUGCACAAGACGGCUGUUCUGUCGGGCCUCGGCUGUCUGAUCGGCGGCAGUAUCUGGCCGGAGAAGAGCAUGGUGUAUCUCCCGCUGGGUUUCGUCAGUGUUGUGUGUGCCAGCGUCUACGGUGUGUCUUGGCAGUUUGACCCGUGCUGCAAGUACCAAGUUGAACAUAGCUUGCGCAAAUUACAGAGAAUGCCAAUUCACAGCUUUACUUCCACAACGCCAGUGGUUCUUGUUCGCAAAGACGAUAAGCGGCGGAAGAUCCUUCACAAUACCAUCUCCCUUGCUGCCGGUGCCUUUUGUGUUUGGAAGAUGUACAAAUCCUACAUACAGUGAUAGUUAUAUAAUUUAACCUGGUUUCCUUACAUUGUAAAACCCGACAAAUGGAGAAUAUUUCAAGUGUUAUACGCUUCAAUAAUUGGCAUAUACAUAUCGGUAUAUGCACAUAUUAUCUCACUUCCUGGAUGCUUUGAUCUGGGAUAAUACGAGACUGUUGGUGAAAUGCAGGUGUAAUUGUACUAUGUACAUGUAUGUAUACAUUCACAUUUUCUACCAUUAGAAAUGCGUGACAUUAGUGUAAAUGGCACUGCUGUACAAUGAAGGACUAACAUUGUAAUAAUUGACUAAACUUAGACGUAUCCUUGGUACAGUUAAUCUAGAUAACAGAUCUAUGUUUUUAUUGAUCAAGAAUCAGCUAUGUACCCAAUAUCCAUACAUGUAUAUAUAUAUAUAUAUAUAUAUAUAUAUAUAUAUAUAUAUAUAUAUAUAUGACUUGACUAAUACAGUAUUAGCCAAGGCCACCAGAAGAAAAUAAUUUGUUUGUCUUUGCCCCGUUGACAUGCCAAAACACUGAUUGAAAGACUCAGAAUUUUGCUGAUAAUACUUUUCGUUAAUCAUAAAAAUGUUUUAACCAAUC